UUUUGAUUGGAUUUUUUUUCCAACAAUAACAACAACAAAAACAGCAGUAGCAAUUGGCCAUUCGAUUCUGAUGUAAAUACAAUGUGAUGAAUCAUCAUCAUACGCCCACAUAAUCGAAUUCUUUUUUUUUUUUUUUUGAUCAAACUUUUUCGUUCUUUUUACGUGUAUGUUUUUUUUUCGUUUGUUUUUGUUGCCGAUGAUGAUGAUCAUGUUUGGUACUUGGAAAUGGUGGAUGUGAUUGGUUGGAAUAUUUCAAAAGAAAUGACAUAAAAAAAAUGAGAACAACAUCCAUUUGAGAUAAUAGUCAUCAAUCCUAGGAACCAAGUAAAAAAAAAAGAAGAAAAAAAACAGGAUCACCCAAAUAAACAGAAAAAAAUUGUAUUUUUUUUUUAUUUUACUUUUACUUUUUUUUCUGAUCAGCGCCUAUAAAUACGACUUCAAUUUGUUCAAAUCAAUUUUCGAUUACAAACCAGAUAAAAAUAUACAAAAUAUAUAUAUUUCUAUUCAACAGUGUAAUAUAGAAAUUAUAAAGUGUGUGCGUGUGUCUGUGUGUGUUUGUUACGGUGUCCAGAUAACACACAAGCAAAGAGAGAGAGAGAGAGAAAAAAAAACAAAAAAAAUCACAUCAGAAAUGAUGUUCAUUUGGUCAUCAGUAUUGAUGAUGUUGAUCACCAUCCUUUCGACUAUUAUGAUGAUACCAUUACCGUCAUCAUCAUCAUCAUCAUCGAUAACGACAAUUCCAUUGGGUGAUAAUCGAUUAUCAUCAUUACCAACAACAAUUUCGAUUUCGAAUAAACCAUUCUGUAAUAUGUUUCAACCAUGCGGUUGGGAAGUAUUUCGUCCGGAACAAUUUCGUAAAAUUCCAUCAUAUUUUGUCUUUAGUUCAUGUCAAUGUUCGAAUGGACAAUUAUGUGUACACGAUACUGAUGAUAUGUCCAUACAUUCAUUCGUUUAUCGUUGUAAAUCGGCAAAUAUGAUAAACAACAAUACCUGACGAUAGUGAUAAAUGAUUUUGAUGAUGAUGGUGGUGGUGGUGGAUACGG